AUGUUCGCAUUCUGCUUUGACUGGAACUAUGUUGGUUCCAGCAGUGGGUCUAUGGGCACUCUCUUUACCCCCCUUUCCACUCAACUGUCUCUAUACUUCGGAACAGCCAUUUGCAUUAUCGCAUUUUGCAUGUGCUACACCAACAACGUCUGGAGCAGACAAAAUUUCCCAUUCUUGUCUCAGGUGCUGUUCUAUGAGAAUGGAACUCUCUACAAUCAACUUGCUAUCCUUGACGAAAACUUCCUCCUGGACCCAGCCAAACUUGCAGAACAGGGUCUGCCAUGGUUCACGAGCUCCCAGGUUCUUACCAAGAUCGGAUCCAACUUGGCCAUCGGAGCAACCAUCAUGCACAUUAUUCUGUGCACUUGUACAAGUCCCACAAGUCAACCAGUCACAAGUCAAACAGCCAGGUCUAAAUUCCAAUAA